AUGGAUGGUUCCUCUUCACACUCUUCGGCUGCUGCCAUUUCAGUCUCACAAGAGGAGUUCAACAUGUUCCACACCAUCGACCGCACUCUCUUCACCCGCUUGGUCUUCAACCUCUUCCGUGAUCCCGCCGAGGCCACCCAAGUGAUGGCGCUCUGGCUCUGGCUCGAGAUGGUCGGUGAGGAAAUCGACAUGGUGUACUCCAAAAUAUUGUCCUUGCCCGACGCUUUGCUCAAUGCGCUUGUCGAUGAGUCGGUCAUGGCCUUGGCUUGCAUAGAGAGCGACAAGUUCCCUUUCGCUUACGACAGCGCCGACAACAUCCUCCCUUUGAUCCAGAGCCUAACAAAAUCUGGGGUUUCACUCCGCUUCUUCCAUGACAAUCGCACCGGAAUUAUUCGUGGCGUCACGAGGAUUAUCAAUGAGGUUUGCGUGAGAGCGUUCGAGGACAUAGUGAAACUUGCACAGGGAACCGAAGAGAUCGUCAAUUUCCCGGUUAACUUUUCCGGCCCGCUGAUGAAUCCCUUGUUGCAAGCUGCUUGGUAUUCUAAUCCUGGGGUUGGGGUUCAUCCACCUCAUCACGCGGGGGCUCUAAAAGUUUUUGAUCCUUAUGAUCUUUCGGUUCAGCGGCAUAUUUUGAAUACUGAAAUCGGUGAGGUUUUGAGCCGGCUGAAGUUGAGCGCUGGUGAUCAUGAUCAGGAAGAGAAAGAAGUCCCGCCAGAUGAUAGGACUAUUUUCUUGACAUUCUCCAAAGGGUACCCCAUCUCACAAAAUGAACUCAAAGACUUCUUCACUAGGAAGUUUGGAGAUGUUGUUGAAGCAAUUUACAUGCAAGAGGUCCUUCUUCCAGAGGAACAACCGCUUUAUGCGCGCCUUAUUGUUCGUUUAGCUUCCUCCAUUGAAGUGGUCCUUGAGGGCAGGAGCAGAGCCAAGUUCUCCAUCAACGGGAAGCAUGUUUGGGCGCGUAAGUUCGUGCGUAAAAGCCCCAUCAGGUCGCCACCGAAAUCAUCUCCGCCACCCUCCCAACCUACUUCACCAAGCAAAUAA